AUGGCCCGCCAACCCCCGCGCGUGUGUCCCCUACGCCGUGUGCCGGACAUACCAUCACCAUCUUCUGCCAUAGCAAUCCUAGCUGAUUGGGAGCCGUGUGUGGCAAAUGCUGUCUAUGGAGUACCUAGUAGUCUGGCCGUACCUCAGUACGUUGCUGUCGAAUCGCAUUUGACGAAGAAUCCGCCUGUCCAAAAUUAUCCAUUUACGGCGCCUGCUUAUGUUGUGGCCAAGCUACGGGAGGGGGUGGACACGCGGCUGCCACCUGGGUACGCGACGGGGCAAGCGGUCGAGCAACCCCUACAGGACUGGAAUACACCAAAUAACGAGUGGAACAGUGGUGGAGGGGACCAAGACAAUUCAUGGAACAACGGGCACAUGUCCAACAAUGGCUUAGCAUCGACCUUCCAGAAGUCUACUCCACUACAGGUUGUUUUCCCACCGUCCCCAAACGAAAAAGAUUGGGUUAUGACGGCUGGCAACGAAUCACAAGUUGAUAACGUCCUGGCUAUAUCCUUGAACUACGGCGGACGUCUGGUCUCCAUGGGUUACUAUUUGGUCAGCGGCACAGUCCACUAUUAUGCGAUCAUGCAUAAAUACACCGGUCCCGUCUUCAUCAAGCCCGGCCCAAUGACCUUUGACGAGCUAAUCAAGGCAGCUAGGGAGAAUGAACUGCGCGACUUGGCUUUGACUCAAGUUUGUGGCCAAGAAGAGGAAAAGGGUGUGACGACCUUUAGCACAUCUGGUUCCCUGGCACUCAAUACGCUGAAGAACAAAAACGCCACUUCGAAAAAGAGGGGAUACAGGUUAACCCACCUAUGCGGUUAUUCCGCCGAAGGACGUGGGCGCUAUGUGGGAGUCUGGCAAAAACCAACUCUAAAUAAACUACAAUACGAAGCUCACUACGGGGUAUCGCUCGAGAAUAUCAUUCAAAAAGAUCGCGAUCUAUUGGCAAGGCACUACGUUGCUUCAUCGAUACGUUGUUUCAAUAAUCGACAGCAGGUACUAUGCACUGGGAUCUGGGAAUAUCGGCCGGGUCAAAAAUCAACAGUACUUGUUGGCGAAAAUCUCCCGAAAAUGUACACUCAAUUCAAACAAGACGCACGGAUGUUGCCACGGCAAAUCAGUCAUAUCACAGAUCCAUUCGGAAACGUGAAGUUUGUUGUUCUAUGGAGUGAUGUGCAUUCAAAUCGUUAUCCCAAUCCGGCACCACUGUGGAAUGAAACAAACCAUAUCCCCGUCCGUUUCCUAAAAGGCGCCCCAGAUCUCCUUACAUCAAAACAAUUGGAUUUCAUCGUGCGCCGUGUUGAACACUUUAUGAAGGAUUUAAAUAUUCCCGGACUAUCCAUCGCUAUCUCGAAAAAAGAACAAUUGAAGUUUGCUGCCGGCUUCGGCUAUGCUGAUAUUCGAGCCCGAGAACCUGUAACCCCAAACCAUCAAUUCAGAGUGGGAUCCGUUUCUAAACCCGUUACUGCGGCCGCUAUCAUGCUUCUGGUCGACCAAGGCCGACUUGAACUUGAUCAUCCGGUUUGGGGAAGAAGUGGAUAUUUAGGCAUGGACUUUGCUGAAAAGAAAUCCUAUCGACGGUGGGUCACGGAUGUCACGGUCAGGAACCUACUCGAACAUACGUCUGGUGGAUGGGAUAACUUGGCAUCAGAUGCCGCUUGGAUCCAACCAGAACUUUCCACCAAAGACCUAAUAAAACACGUCCUCGAAAAUGUGCUACUCUCCGAAAGACCAGGCAAAAACUGGAUCUACUCAAAUUUCGGAUAUCAGGUGCUUGGGUAUUUGAUCGAGAAAGUGAGCGGGCAAACCUAUGAAAACUUCGUGAAGAAGAACAUUUUCGCUCCGGCUGAUGUUCAUGAGAUACAAGUAGCGCGACCAUCAAUAUCGGAUCGAGCACCGAGAGAAGUGAUGUAUUACAUGUCGGGUACAGGGAUUGGGUUCAACCCAUAUGAGAUGUUGCCGCCAGAGAGGAUUGGGCCAUGGGGUGGAUGGAUUGCUAGUCCGAUUCAAUUGUUGAUGUUUAUGGCUGCCGUUGAUGGGUCCGAUGGGAGGGAAGAUAUUCUGAGCGAAGAUUCAGUGAAUGAAUGGGUGAAGGCUAGUCCGGCCAGCAAUGACACAUACGGGCUCGGCUGGUCUGUAAAUAUUAUGGGUUUCAAUGGGCUACAACAUGACGGUCGUAUGCCUGGAAGUGCUUCAAUGCUGGUUAGGCUAACUAAUGGUCUUGCUAUGGCCGUGACGGUUAAUAAGGAAUACUCCGAACGCGAUUUCUUCCAUGAACUUGGCUACGUCCUCCACCACAUCGGCAACAACUGUGAUUGGUGGAACGAAACAACGAACGACCUCUUCCAAAAACGAAUCAAA